UCCCGACAAAGUAUGCCGCGCGGACAAGCGGCCUGGAAUCCGGAAACGAAGAUCCGCAACCAGGGGCUGCAAUCAAGUUCUGAAACUCCUUUGAGCUUCGCAAUGGGACUCGAAUCGAACGAGUACACCACCAAUGGAUUCCUCUGCGAUCAAGGAAUCCAUUCAAAAUAGCGAAAACGAACAUGUUUGAAUCAUGUUUCUACGACGCUCCGUUUGAACUUUAACACGCAUAUGUGCUCUGUUUUUACGCUUCUUCAAAAUAAUCGCAGAACCUUGUGAUUGGUAUCAUUUUUCUUAUUUUUUCGCAAAGAUGAAGAAUAAGACGUUACCAUUAAAAUAAUAAAGUCCAGCAAACAUCAAAAUUGGCCCGCCUUCUUUGGGGAUGGCAGGUAGACCGACCAUCGCUACCACCACCUUUCACGCGGAAAAUGUUGAGUUUGCACUCAAAAACCCGGAAUGAUGAAUGAGCAAAGCACGUUCGGUAAGCACGUCACUUGUCUGGUGUGCUUGUGCGUGUGCUGCGCGUUGCUUUCUUUGACUGGUUUUUUAGUGUUUACCGCCCGGCCGAAUUUUCCUCGUUCUGGCCGCCUGCCGCCCGGGCGGGUGAGCAGCCCCAGGACCAGGGCAAGUGGCCUCCGACUCUCCACCGCGCGCACACGCACACGCCGCUGUUCACCGCUGAAACCGCGCCGCGCAUGUGACAAUCGCGCCGGCGAACCGAUUUCUUGUGUGCAUAAGGUAAAUCGAAUCGGAAUCAACCAAGUUUCACCUGAGCUGCCCUAUUAUGUCCGACGGACUCUGUUUGCUUUGCGAGACUUGCGGCCGAUGGCUGCAUUCGUACAAUGAGGGUCGACUGCACAUCCGGUCUCACAUAAAUUGUGAGGGAAUGGCAAUCUACCCGGUAGUUUGCAGGCUGUGCUGGACAACCCACGACUGGCUUCGUGACGCCGUGCAGUGUUACCAAAACUGCAUGGCUGCGCGCGCCGUGGAGCGACCUCACGACCAGGCUGGGUCAUCCCAACAGGCGGGGCCGUCGCACUCCCACGCGGGGCUGCGCCGAGACAACCUCAACCACAGCGGGGCUGCCAUGGGCGCACCGCCGAGGCAAAUGGCCGCACCCAGGCCUGAUUCUGCCAGGACAAUCGCCGCACACACUUGGUUCCCGGCCCAGGUGGUGCGGAGUAAGGUCGUCACGAGGGCCCGGGCGGACUCCACUACGGGGCCCUCGGAGCACACAAGCUCCAGCGAAUCCAGUGAUGAGAAUUGAUAGCAGGAUGCUGGUUUGUACCAAAA